AGCGUAUCUCUCAGACGACGUCAAGCGUUAUUUAGAAGUAGGAUGACGCGGGACGACCAGAAUGAUUACCUGGAACGAGUUCUAAAGUCUCUUGUGCUGGACGUGAAUAGGCUCGCUGCUCGCGUCCACCAUCUGGAGAGUGCCCAUGGCCCCGCAAUCAUCAACAUCAAGGAAGAGAUGAGUGCUCUGACCGCCAACCUCCAAGGGUUUGUCUCCGUGGACGAUCUAAGCGAGAGGCAGCGCCGGGAACGUGAGUGUUACGUGCGUCACUCAAAAAAUGUGUUGAAAAAAAGGUGGGACAGUGGUCCCCAGCUACCCGACCCCCUUGAGUUGCAGGCAUAUGAAAAAAAGUCUUCUUUGCCUGAUUUCUCCCUGGAAAGUGUGCACGUACCAUUCGAGUCUACGAGUCGACUGCGAGCAAAACAACGAUGGCGCUGGGUAUUACUGAAGCUCAGCAUGCGACAUAUUAGGAGGAGAGUUCCCAUGUCGAGCUCAUACAUUUUGCAACGACGGUCGUUUGCCACGCGUCUCCAGGAGCUGGAAAUACGCACGAACCACACGGAAUGCCGCGUACGCUGUAUUUUAGCGCAAGCAGGACCUGAUAAGUUUACCAGGGUAAAUCAAAUGAUAUUUUGGCUCAACAGAGCAAUAAACGGAGACGAAGGUCGAAAUUUGGAAAAUGCACGGGGCAUUCUUCGCCGACUUGCGGCCGUGGAGGAGAAAAUGAGCAAUACGCAUGAGCUUGCAACUAAAGCAAACUUGCGUAGCGAAUUGACUGAAAGACAUUCAGAAUCUUUAAAACUUGAGAUUCGAGAUGCUGCGAAUCAGGGAGCCAACGCAUACAAAGCAGCGAUGUGUGCCAAAAACAAACUCGACGAAUCAGAAAUAUCCUAUAAGACCAGGCUCCCUCGUGCCCGUGCCCGAGCUAGCUUUAUGCUGCGAUGCUUGUUAGAUACAUGCUGCAAUGCUAUACAAUCGAGACAUGUUGCUGCCCUGCCUGGGGGUACCAGUCUGAUUAAGAAUCGAAUUUCACCGUUAUACCAUCUGCUGAAAACUUCUGAAGUCACUACCAAAGAAACACCGGUGAACAUGGAGAAUUGGCGAAAUGUAGCACGCUCCAUUGCACGAAAUUUGUUCCUUGUAUUACGCCAAGACAAGCGGUUGCAGGAUAUGAAUCGCAGAGCUCAUUUAGACAAUAUGUGUACAUUACUGGAUGUGGGCGUCGACUUGCAUAUUGACGAAACCAACGCUGACAUACUACCACUUGAACAUGGCAGCAAUUUAGUAGUUGGAGUCAACAACCUUUUGAACGCACGCCAACUCGUGCACGCCUGUGCCCGACAGAUGUUAAAAUAUACGUACUUUGACUGUUUCAACUUAGGCUGAAGCGUGUCUGCGAUCUCUGAAUGUAGUCUUGACAUUAGAUGAGGGCGACGAAUCGACCGAUGCGGGCAUGCUGGCUCUACAAGCUUGGUGUGUGGGUAAGGACGGUCCUGAUGCAGAAAUGGUGAACUCGCAGUUGUUUAGUUUAAAUGCAGGGCUUGUUGCUCUUCAAGCCUCGCUUAGCUUUAUGCCUGAUAACUCAGUCGUUGAAAAAUUAAAAGAAAGAAUGCAACUAAUUGAGCAUGCAAAAAGUCAGUCCUGUGACAACGUCGCUGCAGCAAGUAUGCACAGCAAAUUUGAUUUUCAUGCCUCUCUCGCUGCAACUACGCAGACUGUGGACAGACUAAGAGAUGAGAUCAGCACAAAAGCAGGAUAUGAGGACACGCGCAUAGCUUUGAGUCUCCUCGAAAGAGAAGUGGUUAAGCUCGGUGAGACGACAGUUGAACAAAGUCAGCUUGAAACAAUUCUACGUUCGAAAAUAGACCGCAACGACUUGAGUCAAAUUGCGGCUCUUGUAGCAAAUGGCAACUUCGACGGAAUAAAUUCACAAGUCACACAGACGUGGACCCGAAACACCAGAUUUGUCCUUUUAAGACUUGAAACAAGAUUAUCAUCGCAAAUAGGUUGCUGCGAAACUCCAAAAUCCCCGAUUGCGCUGCCUCUGUUGUGACAAACCAUUAACCAGGGCUAGCGUGAGCAUGGAGACUAUACUCCAAACACCGCAAUCACCCAGCUCCAAUCCAGCAAACGAAGCAAAUGUCCACAGCAAAAUUUACAAUAUGGAUAAAUAAAUUUGCUCGCACAGGCAAUGCUAGUAAACUCGUCACUCAAGACCAAAUACCUCUCGGUAAAACCGCAAAACAGCUCAAGUAUACUAUCAGGAGAAACACCGGACAUCAUCAAGUUAAAUAGGCUUGCUCCAGAACCACCCUUCUUGCCAAAGUGCGUUUUGUAUUUUAGCGGGAAUUCCAACGUAAAGUCUCUUGUUGGCGCAUUAUAGGUCCGAGGUUAGUCGAUAUCCACGUUUAAGACCUGUGCAGACUUCGUUGCGAAAAGCUAACUAGAACUGCAAGCAUCCGGCGGCAUCUGCACAACAAGCGCAGAUAUUUACACCGCAAGAAGCCAAUCGACCCCGAACCAUCACAUGGAAGGAUUGGAUUGAGACUCAUUGAUUCGUCCAUAGUGGUCUUAAGGAUGGCCAUGUGCGCAUUUCAGAAGCUUCGCUCGGACGAUCGUCUGCAAAAACAGUUUCAAGGUGAAGGACUGUACUAAUCUGGUUCAAACGCGGGGCAAGUUGUCUGGACUCUAUAAUCGUCCUCUUCUGGCCCGGUUUAACUCAAAAACAUUCCUUCGCCAGACGCUAUGCUUGAGGUUUCACUGAUAGCCUUAGACUACAGCCUGGGAUGCUUCGAGUUCCCAAAACGGUUCCUGGCCUGCGCGGCCGGGUCUCCCCUAUAAACAACUAAUUGGAAAAUUGAGGACGGAGGAGGCAGGGCUCCACAUCACGCCGCUCGGGCCGACGACGCUCAAGUCCGAAGACGCGUGUUUGUCGCCGCACGCGUCCCGGCACGGGUUGCGGUUCCACUCGCGUCCCGGCUCUCGGCGUAUAAAGCAGGGUCCAGGUCUCCUGCGUCAGCAACGGCACGGAAUUAUCCAGUCGCCAGCCUCGGGCACUACUCGCCGCGUUCUGCUCUUAGCCGAAACGCAUCGAGUCCCACUCUCAAUAGCGACUCGUCGGGGCGCCUCCAUGUCUGGUGCGGGGGCCUCCCCUAAUUUGACAUUCGAGUCCCCAGCCGCUUAUGCGCCGGCUAGCUACUAGCCUGACUCGGAGGUUACGAGACCGCAAAGAGGUCCUUUGCGUGCCCCAAGACCGGAAUGGAGUAAUAUAGGCUUGG